CACAGCAUGAACGGCCUCGAGGGGGCCUCCGGGCUGGCAGCCAACCGCUCCCCGGCGGCGGCGGCGGAUCCGUGCGGCCGGGAGACGCGGCUGGAGAACGUGCUCUUGGCCUCCUUCUACCUCCUGGAUUUCCUCCUGGCUUUCGCGGGCAACGCCCUGGCCCUGUGGCUCUUCCUCCGGGACCGCCGGGCCGGCACCCCUGCCGACGUGUUCCUGACGCACCUGGCCGCGGCCGACCUGUCCUACGUGCUGGCCCUGCCCGCGCGCCUGGUCUACCACCUCUCGGGGGGCCACUGGCCCUUCGGGGAGAUCCCGUGCCGCCUCACCGGCUUCCUCUUCUACCUCAACAUGUACGCCAGCAUCUACUUCCUCACCUGCAUCAGCGCCGACCGCUUCCUGGCCAUCGUGCACCCCGUCAAGUCCCUCAAGCUCCGCAGGCCCCUCUACGCUCACCUGGCCUGCGCCUUCCUCUGGGUGGUGGUGGCCGUGGCCAUGGCCCCACUGCUGGUGAGCCCGCAGACCGUGAGGACCAACCACACGGUGGUCUGCCUGCAGCUGUACCGGGAGAAGGCCUCCCCCCACGCGCUCGUGUCCCUGGCUCUGGCCUUCACCCUCCCGCUCGUCACCACGGUGACCUGCUACCUGCUGAUCAUCCGCAGCCUGCGGCGGGGGCCCCGCGUGGACACGCGCCUCAGGAGCAAGGCGGUGCGCACCAUCGCCCUGGUGCUGGCCAUCUUCCUGGUCUGCUUCCUGCCCUACCACGUGCACCGCUUCAUCUACGUGCUGCACCGCCACCGCGGCGCCUCCUGCGCGGCCCGGCGCGCCCUGGCCCUGGGGAACAGGGUCACCGCCUGCCUCACCAGCCUCAACGGGGCCCUGGACCCCAUCGUGUACUUUUUUGUGGCCGAGAAGUUCCGCAACACCCUGUGCAGCCUGCUCUGCGGCCCAGGGCUCUCGGGGCGGCCCCCUAGCCUGGGAGGGAGGACCAAUGAGAGCUCGGUGAGCGCCAGGUCGGAGCUGUACCCCAGGUCAGAGCUGUAG